AUGUUGAGAAGUGCUAAAUCGCUGCCUACCAUCGGCGCUGUCUACCGCCAGACCAUACAGAAGGAGAUUUCCACUGUGUCUAGAGGGUUUGCUCAUCAAAGAACGAAACCGGGCUUCUCCAAAGACGAUCUGGCCGUCCCUUCGAACAAGAUCUUUUCCCAAGUGUCCACAAGGAGCGUCCACCAGACGUCCAAGACUCAGUUGAUCAUGGACCUCGGGUCGAGCGGCAAGUACGCGUCGAUGAACCUCCAGGGCCUCAAAACCGAGUGCAAACGCAGAGGCCUCAAGGUGUCGGGACGCAAGAUCGAUCUCGUGCAGAGACUGAUCCAGAACGAUUCGUCCUCCAUUUCUCCUCCCGUGCUGAGCAGAACCAUCACUACGAAAGCCAAGGCCGCGAAGCCGGUGAAAACAGCCCAGAAGGCCGCCAAGACGUCUGCGCGAGAGCUCAGCUCCACUACCUCCAAGCAGGCCAAGGGCGACAGCUCGACGAUCGAUUUCUACAAGGUGCCGCAAAAAUCGUACCCUGUGCCGGACGGCAGACCGCCAAUGAAGGUGCCUUCGCUCUCGACCAAGGCCUCGCUCAAGGAUCCGGCUCCAGACACGAAAACCGCCGCUGAGGCUGUUGUGCAGGCCGUCGACUCGGCCCCAAUCAGCAAGAGCGGCCAGGUCCUCCAGACCACGGCAGAACAGAUCCACGGGGCCGCUGAAAAGAGCCGCAGCGACACGAUUUUCUUUGGCAUUUUCGGGCUUCUGACACUGGGAUGGUGGUCCCAGAAGAACAAGGACGGUAGACAGUAG